AUGACUUCGGCUGCAGCGGAGCUGGAAAACUACCUUCAGUCAAUGUUGGCUUUGAAACCGCCUGGGGCUUCUGGCUCCAAAGUCUACAGCAUCACUAAGCUGUGCACAGCCAAUGUUAAGGAUGAACCGGUUCUCAUUGAAAAUAUCUACACUCACUUCAAGAAGGCCCCUGGCACCCAUAAGUUGGGCGUUCUCUAUGUGAUAGACUCUAUAGUCCGGCACUGGAUUGAAACCACUCGCAAAGCUGGCCGACCUCCGCGGAACGCCGCACCGGAUGGGACUUUCGCUGCUGGUGUCGAUCGAAUUACUAAGUUGUUGCCCGUGUUGAUGACCGACAUCAUCUCCAGCGCGCCAAAGGAUCACGAGGAAAAGAUCAAGAAGCUCGUUGACAUCUGGGAGUGCUGCGGCUCCAUUCCAUCCUCCAUGCUUGCUUCAUUGCGCGACAAGUUCAACCUCCUGCCGCGUGAUGUGCAAAUUUCCACGCCACAACGCUUGUCAGCCGCGUGCUUUAACUCUUCAAAAGUCCCAGCUCCACUACAGCCUGUCAAUAGCUCACCCGAAGCGGCAAGUUCUGUUUCUCAUGCUAACGCGUCUGCUGCCCUGACCCCAUCAGUCUCUGCUCUGGAAUCCACUUCAACUGUUGAUUCAUUUCGAUUACCUCACACGACGCCUAUACCCUAUACAAGUGCUAGAUCUGGUGGUGGCGUGGCUGGCCCAUUGACCGCUUCGAGCGGUCUUGGCCAGUGCUCUGUUACGUUACAGUCCCAGAGUCAGAGUCAGUCUACGAAUCCUUUGGCAGCCGCUCCGGCUAUGUAUGGAAACGCGAGAUUGCAGCCGGGGUUCUCGCAGGACCAGUGGGCGGCAGCUCUGCAAUUGUCCAACAUGAAUAAUGUCAUGGGCGCUGCAAACCCUGCUCAGCUGCCUGGCCUUGGCGCCAUAUCCGGCCAGGGCGCUCUUGGAAGGGGUGAAACCGACGUGCAGAGCUGCGACGAUCUUGAAUAUGAGAAAGUGGAUGGCCACGGGUAUCGUCCAAUUUCUCUCUCUCCGGAUUUUCAUCGAAAUCACAAUGCUUUGCCCUCUCACCGCCACGGCCAGCCGUUCCGCCACGAAUAUCAUGGCGAUUUUCAAAGUCAUCGGGGCAAGGCAUACCGUAGGGGUAGUCCACCGGACAGGGAACGCCAGUCAGAGUCCCCACGUCGAAAAGGCUAUAAUGUCUUUCCGCCAUGUCCGAAGCUCGUCGAGUGGGACUACUCCAUCGGCCCGGGGAACAUCAAAAUUCUUAGUCGCACCCUUACUGUCAGCGGCGUUUUCUCUGAGGCUUAUCUUCGUUCGCACUUCAGCACUUUUGGCGUCGUUCAAACCUGCAUUAUCGAUAGUGAUAAGCGUCGUGCUCUCAUUAAGAUGCUUAGUCGCCAGGAUGCGGCGAGAGCUCGUGAAGGAGGAGGAACUUACCGCUCGAGCGAGAGGCCACUCCCCACCCGAUGGGGCGUCGGCUUCGGCCCGCGUGACUGCAGCGACUAUGAGACUGGCAUCAGCGCUAUUCUAAUCGACCGAUUCACCAAUGCGGAUCGCAAAUGGCUACUCACGGCGGAGUAUGGUGGCACCGGAGGUUGCCCAAUCAAAUCGGGAAUGGUAGUCGAGGAGCCAGAGAUUGAAAUCGGCGCUGGCAUCUCAUCUAAGGCCAUCAGCCGACGCAUUGCAAAUGGCACUGGCGGGCACCAUGGCCGAAGUUCAGGCGGCUUUGGUGGCCGCGGUCGUGGUUGCGGUGGUUCCUUAAAACGCCAAGGCUUUGGCAAUGGACGCUAA